AUGGCCGACCUCACCCCCAAGGAUCCAAACGAUCCGGCCGCCACCUUCGCCGAGCACGACCCCACCGCCGCCUUCAGCUUCCCCACCGAAGAGGAAAAGGUCAUCCGAUACUGGCGUGCCAUCGACGCCUUCAAGACCUCGCUCCAGCAGUCCAAGGGCAGGAAACCCUUCAGCUUCUACGACGGCCCGCCCUUCGCCACCGGUCUCCCCCACUACGGCCAUCUCCUCGCCGGCACCGUCAAGGACAUCGUCACCCGACACGCCCACUCCACCGGCCACUAUGUCGACCGCCGCUUCGGCUGGGACUGCCACGGCCUCCCCGUAGAGCACGAGAUCGACAAGCGCCUCAACAUCCGCGGCAAGGAGGACGUCAUGGCCAUGGGCGUCGACAAGUACAACGCAGAGUGCAGGAGCAUCGUCAUGACCUACCAGAACGAGUGGCGCGACACCGUAGAACGCAUGGGCCGCUGGAUCGACUUUGACAACGGCUACAAGACCAUGGACAUCAACUUCAUGGAGUCCGUAUGGUGGGUCUUCAAGACGCUCCACUCCAAGGGCCUCGUCUACCAAGGCAUCCGCGUCAUGCCCUACUCCACCGCCUGCACCACCCCGCUCUCCAACUUUGAGGCCGGCCUCGACUACCGCGAGGUCCAGGACCCCGCCGUCACCGUCAGCUUCCCGCUCGUCGACGACCCCACCACCGCCUUCCUCGCAUGGACCACCACGCCCUGGACGCUCCCCUCCAACCUCGGCCUCUGCGUCCACCCGGACUUCAACUACAUCAAGAUCCACGACGACGAGCGCGACACCAACUUCAUCAUCCACGAGCACCUCCUCACCACCCUCUACAAGGACCCCAAGAAGGCCAAGUUCCAAAAGCUCCACACCUACAAGGGCAAGGACCUCGUCGGCAUGCAGUACGAGCCCAUCUUCCCCUACUUCGCCGACCGCUUCCAGGGCCGCGCCUUCCGCGUGCUCUCCGACACCUACGUCACCUCGGACGCAGGUACGGGCAUCGUGCACCAGGCACCCGCGUUUGGUGACGACGAUCACCGCGUCGCCAUCGCCCACGGCGUCAUCAGCCGCGACGAGUCGCCCCCCAACCCCGUCGACGGCUCCGGCCGCUACACCGCCGAGGUGCCCGACUACCAGGGCGUCCACGUCAAGGAGGCCGACAAGCAGAUCCAGAAGGACCUCAAGGCGCGCGGCCGCCUCAUCGUGCAGGCCACCCUCACCCAUCAGUACCCCUUCUGCUGGCGUUCGGGCACGCCGCUCAUCUACAAGGCCAUCCCCUCGUGGUUCGUGCGCGUCGAGCCCGCCAUCGAGAAGCUCGUCAAGAACAACAACGCCACACGCUGGGUGCCCGCCCACGUCGGCGAGGGCCGCUUCGGCAACUGGAUCGCCAACGCGCGCGACUGGAACGUCAGCCGCAACCGAUACUGGGGCACGCCCAUCCCGCUCUGGGCGAGCGAAGACAUGGACGAGAUCGUCUGCGUCGGCUCCGUCGAGGAGCUCGAGCGCCUCUCGGGCGUCACCGGCAUCACCGACCUGCACAAGGACAAGAUCGACCACAUCACCAUCCCCUCCCAAAAGGGCAAGGGCCAGCUCAAGCGCGUCGAGGAGGUGUUUGACUGCUGGUUCGAGUCCGGCUCCAUGCCCUACGCGCAGGCGCACUACCCCUUCGAGAACAAGGAGCAGUUCGAAAAGUCGUUCCCCGCCGACUUUAUCUCCGAGGGCCUCGACCAGACGCGCGGCUGGUUCUACACGCUGCUCAUCCUCGCCACGCACCUCUUCGACUCGGCGCCCUGGAAGAACCUCAUCGUGAGCGGCCUCGUGCUCGCCGCCGACGGCAAGAAGAUGAGCAAGUCGCUGCGCAACUACCCGGACCCCAACCUGCUCAUCAACCAGUACGGCGCCGACGCCAUCCGUCUGUACCUGAUCAACUCGCCCGUCGUGCGUGCCGAGAACCUGCGCUUCAAGGAGGAGGGCGUCAAGGAGGUGGUCUCGUCCACCUUCCUCCCGUGGCUCAACUCGUUCCGCUUCUUCCUCGCCUCGGUGGGCCUGUACGAGAAGGACCACGGCGUCAAGUUUGUCUACGACCGCCACCAGUCGAGCACCAACGUGAUGGACCGCUGGAUCCUCGCGCGCUGCCAGUCGCUCAUCCGCCUCAUCAGCGACGAGAUGGCGGCGUACCGGCUGUACACGGUGGUGCCGCGUCUGGGCGAGCUCAUCGACGAGCUCACCAACUGGUACAUCCGCUUCAACCGCCGUCGUCUCAAGGGCGAGUACGGCGUGGACGACACCAAGGCGGCGCUCAACUCGCUCUUUGAGACGCUCCUCACGCUGUGUCGCACGCUCUCGUCCUUCACGCCCUUCCUGACCGAGAACCUGUACCAGGGUCUGCGCAAGUACAUGCCCGCACCUGCGGCGGACGACAAGGAGGACUACCGCAGCGUGCACUUCCUCUCGUUCCCCGAGGUCAACGAGUCGUACUUUGACCCGGUGAUCCAGCGACAGUUCAAGGCGCUCCAGGCGGUGGUGGAGCUGGGCCGCGUGAUCCGCGUCAACUCGAACCUGCCCAUCCGCGUGCCGCUCAAGGAGCUCGUCGUCUUCCACACGGACGCAGAGUAUCUUGCGGAUGCCGAGUCGCUGGCGGACUACAUCAAGGAGGAGCUCAACGUGCGCGAUCUGGUGCUGUCUUCGGACGAGGCCAAGUGCGGGGUGCGCUUCAAGCUGUUUGCCGACUGGCCUGUGCUGGGUCGCAAGCUGCGCAAGGAUGUCGGCAAGGUGCGCAAGGGUCUCGAGGGUGUUUCGUCGGACGAGGCCAAGAGGUACAUGCAGACGGGCAAGCUCAACGUGGCUGGUGUGGAUCUGGUCGAGGGCGAUCUGAAGGUGUCGCGCUACGUCGAGACCAAGGAGAUCGAGGGAGCGUUCGAGUCCAACACGGACGGCAAUGUUGUGGUGCUGCUGGAUGUGCAGCCGCGCCCCGAGUUGCAGGCCGAGGGUACGGCGAGGGAGGUGGUGAACCGCAUCCAGCGUCUGCGCAAGAAGGCUGGCCUCGUUGCCACCGAUGAGGUGGACGCCUUCUACUCGUUUGAGCAGGGUCUCGGUCAGGCGCUGGCAGAGUGCAUCGAGAGCCAGAGCGACGCCUUUAUGAAGGCGCUCCGCAGAAAGCCGCUGCCCGAGUCGCACAGGAAGCCGGAUGCAAAGGUGAUCCUGCAGGAGGAACAGGAGGUGGGCGACGACAAGUUUGUCCUCACCCUCGCCUGGGCUUAG